AUGUCUAACCAGGCGGCUACUCAUUGUCGUGGGUUACAGUUCGGUGCAUUCUCUAAUGAGAUUCAAGAUGUCACUCAAGCGUGUGAAAUAAAUCAUUCUGCCGAAAUUAUACCCUGCAUAGCUCAAUUAUACCGAAAUGAACUCUUCAGUGAUGUUACUUUGGUUGUUCAAAAUACACACUUUCCUGCACAUAAAGCUAUAUUAGCAGCUCGUUCCGAUUAUUUUAGAGCAUUGUUUUAUGGAGGAAUGGCAGAGUCUAGCUCAAGUGUUGUGCAUCUGAACGACAUUAAUGUAAUUGCUUUCAAAAAUAUCUUGCGUUACAUGUACACUGGUCAAAUAAAGCUAAAGAAGUCUAAGCUUACUCUUGAAAUCUUGGGCCUUGCUCACCAGUAUAAUUUUCACAGUCUAGAAAGUGCACUGUCCACGUACUUAACACAUUCACUCUGUCUAAAGAACGUAUGGUGUGUUUUUGACAUGGCUGUAAUGUACAAUCUGGAUGGACUUAUUACAGCCUGUUUAAGAUUCUUAGAUUGUCUUGCUCCUGCUCCUCUAUGUGAUCCACGCUUCCUGAAGUUAUCACAGUCGUCUGUUGAACGUUUGCUAUCUCGUGAUAGCUUUUAUGCUCCCGAAAUCAAGAUAUUUCGUGCUGUAUGCGCUUGGUUAAAGCAUUUUAAUAAAGUUAACAAUGAAACAGCUGAUAAAUCACAUUUGUCAGAUAAUCCUCAGUCAGAUGUUGAUAAUGAAGUGGGACAAGAAGAGUUAUCAAGUGAAGUUAAAGCAGAAAGCAACAACUUGUCAUUCUCAGCACUGUUAAAUUCAUCAGUACAGCAAGAGAAGAAAUCAUCGAACAGAGAUGUCGACAGUGAUCGAGAAUCACUAAUGGCGGUUACUUCAGAAGAACUUCGUAAUCAUCAUAUGAUGAGUCAGUGUGUUCGAUUCGAAUUAAUGUCACUUACUGAACUAUUAACUGAAGUCCGUUCAUCGAAACUUGUUAGCUCAGAAGAAUUGUUGGAUGCUAUCAAUCGACAGACUAAUUGUCCUGCUGAAGUACCUCAUCGUGGAUGGCUGCUGCCAGGUGUGAAUUUGGCAUCACCUCGUUUCGGAUGUACCUUGAUCUCUGGUGAACAUGGAACUUAUCCACACUUUUUCGUUGAAAAUCCACUUGACUUAGAGGAAUCCAAUGAUGCUAAAUUGAAUAUUGAAUCUCUGAGUCUAAAUGAACUGAACUGUCAUGAUUCAGACUAUUCAGAUAGAAAUGAAGAAGACGACGACGCUGUGGAUAUUGAUGAUGGAGAUGAGGCAGACGACAUCGGUGGAGGAGGAGGAGGAGGGCAUGGUGAAACAUACCUCAGAUGUCAGCAACAACGACGAAGAAACAAUGAUGAUGAUGAUGAUAAUACUCACUUGCCAACUAUAGAUAUGUCCGAUGUGGCAGGUCGAACAUUCAAUCGGCAUAUUGAUUCUACUCAUUUGUCUCGAAGUUCUUUGUCAGAAGGCGUAGUCUGGGGAACGAAUCAUACUCCGACUGUCAGCAGUAAUCCUAGCGAUUCUUCGCACCAUACAAAUAACCAAAGAUUGUCCAACACUCAACAAAUCCAUUAUAAUAUUCGUAAUUUAACCCUUUAUGGCACUGGUAUUGUGAAUACGGCGGCAGCAGCAGCAGCGGCAUCCAGCAGCACUGGCAAUGCACUCAGUAAUAAGGCAUCCUGUUGGAUCCAACCAUCGUCGAGAAGACGUGUUAAUCAGAAUAAACCACCGCCACCUCAUUCAGAAUAUGAUGUAGUUCGUCAUUCUUUAGAUGAUCCUAAGGCUAGUAUUAUUAUUCAGCUGGGAAAACCUAGUAUUGUGAAUACUAUACGUAUGCAGUUAUGGGAUCAAGAUUUACGCUCAUAUUCUUAUUGUAUCGAUGUUUCAUUGGACCAGUCCACUUGGCAUCGUAUUGUUGAUUAUCGUAAUUACAUGUGCCGUUCAUGGCAAACAUUACACUUUCCAUCACGUGUUGUUCAUUAUAUUCGUAUCACUGGGACAAGGAACACAUUCAAUCGUACUUUUCAUCUAAUCACAUUUCGAUGUCUUUACAGCGAGAAUAUAUUUCAGCAAGUAGAUGGCUUUAUGGUUCCAACUUAUAAUGUUGCAAAUGUUGAUCUUGGAGCUACAGUUCUAGAAGGUGUUAGUCGAAAUAGGAACGCGCUGAUUGACGGCAAUGUUCGAAUGUAUGAUUGGAAUUCAGGUUAUACAUGCCAUCAAUUAGGUAAUGGUGCUAUUGUAGUCCAGUUGGCUCAACCAUUCUUAUUGCGUUCAAUGAGAUUUUUAUUAUGGGAUUUGGACCCGCGUACUUAUUCUUAUUCAGUAUAUGUAUCAAAUGAUCGUUCAGAUUGGAAACUUGUACGUGAUGCAUCUGGUGAACAAUGUCGUUCUUGGCAAGUAAUCAAAUUUCCUUUACAAUUGGUUACAUUCAUUCGUGUUGUUGGCUCAAAUAAUACCGCGAAUGAUGUAUUUCAUUUAGUUCACUUAGAAUGCCCCUAUCCUCCAGCAGAGACAUUGGAAAGUAAUACAGAAGAACAUUCUGGAGAAUUGGUGAAUCCAACAGCAAACGUUGCAUCAGAACCUAAUGAUAAUGAAGAGAAUAUUGUGACACCCUCAUCGUCUGGGAUUAACCAACAUGAUGAUAAUGAUAACACUAUUGCUAACGAAUAUCAACCGAGAAAUUCUCAGCAGUCACCUGUUCGUAGAACUGUAACACCAGACCGUAUUGUUUGUGAUUCGAAUAGUGUCAGGUCUGAGUCACGCCCUCUUGAUACUGAUGAUCAUCAGUCAGGUGAAUCCAGACUACCUAAUAUUAGGCGCCCCAAUAUGGUGGCGACUGCUGCGCUUGCAGACUACGAUUUAAUGCCCGACUUAAAUUUAUCAUCUUUUCCCGAUACUACAUCUGAUGAUACUGUUCAGUCGGACAGAGUUAACACUACCACCACCACCCCAUCAGCUGUGGUUCCACCUUCUUCAUCAGCGAUAGAAGCAGCUGGUCAACGUGAUAAUCUACCUGCGCAUCGAGAUUGUGUACAACAUCGUUCAUUUCACCGUGCCUGA